GGUGGAGAGCGACCGAGGUAAGCGACGGAGGGAAAGAGGCGCUCAGACAAAUCACAUGACCCGUUUCCUACAUCGCUUAUCUGCCUCCCUGUGUUGGACAUCCGUCGUUUGUUCUUGAGCAUUGUGUUGAAAGACUAGUCGAAAUUCCACCGGCUGUCGCGGCACAAAACUAUUUGGCAAUUGAAUCUAUAAACAGGAAUCGGUAAGUCGCGCAGCUAUCAACAUCUCAGCAGACGGAUGCGGAUAGCUAGCAUAGCUAACGUUAGCUAGCUAAAUUAGUAUAAUUUAUCCAGCAUGGAUGGAGCCGGGACAAUGGUUUGGUUAAACAGGUUUUGGGAUGUAGAUAAUCAGCUGCUAUCGUGUGGCUUGUGAGGUUAAACAUUGACCGAGGUUAUUGUUCAGGAUAUGUUUGAUCAAGCUAGCGAAAUGUGGAUUGAUCUGGCUAGCCCUCAGUCAGACCGUAGAAAUGACGUUAAAACGUAAAAUAUCCUCCCUCAGCUUGCGGAGCACAGGGGGUAAUAUGGCCCUAACUGUCGCCAUCUGAAAUCACACAAAGAUAUAAUGUGGAUGUGUGUGGAUGCUCUCACAUCAUCAUUGUAGUCUAUCUUUGAUGGGAUGACAGACCACACAUUCAGCAGAGAAUUUAGAUUUAAAUUUGAGAUAUGAUUAUUGACAAAAAAUAGAUGUUAUAUCAGGUGAAAUGACUUAGUAGAGAGGCCAAAUAUCUAUUUUUGCAUUAUUUUGUGCAGAUCUAGCUAUCAUUUGUGAUACCACUCCAGAUUUUGAGCAGGCUUUGCAUAAUCUAUCAGAAGCCUAUUUGAUGUUGUGUAUUCCUGUUUGAUGUGUAGACUAUGUGUGUGUGUGUCUGUGUCUGUGUGUGUGUGUGUGUGUGUGUGUGUGCAAGACAGAGACAGCAAGCGACAGAGUAUGAUUAAUCAUUGAUGCUCUAAAUUCAGCUGAUGGCCUCUGCUUUUCUGACCUGUGAUCUAUGUCAAGGCUUAUGGAUGAUCUUGUACUCAUACACAAAAGCAGCUAAAUUUGUAUGCCCUGGAGUGACCUAAACUCAAAUUAUACACACAUUGUGCAUACAUAGCCAUAUGUCUGUUAUCAUCACCAUCUGUGUGCAGUAGUGCACUAUUUACUGUGGUAAACCAGUCUACUAUAGGUAUCAUUCUCUUUACAGUGCCUUCAGAAAUGAGCUAUACCCCUUGACUUAUUCCACAUGUUGUUGUGUUACAGCCUGAAUUCAAAAUGGAUUAAAUAUUUGAACAAAAUCUCACUAAUUUACACACAAUACCCCAUACUGACAAAGUGAAAACAUGUUUUUCAAAAUUUUUGCAAAUGUAUUGAAAAUGAAAUAAAUACAUAUCUCAUUUACAUAAGUAUUCACACCCCUGUGUGAGUGUUAGAAUCACCUUUGGCAGUGAUUACAGCUGUGAGUCUUUCUGGGUAAAUCUAAGUGCUUUGCACACCUGGAUUUCACAAUAUUUGCACAUUAUUCGUAAAAAAACAUUAUUAUAGCUCUGUCAAGUUGGUUGUUGAUCAUUGCUAGACAGCCAUUUUCAUGUCUUGCCAUAGAUUUUCAAGCCAAUUUAAGUCAAAACUAACUAGGCCACUCAGGAACAUUCAAUGUCGUCUUGGUAAGCAACUCCAGUGUAUAUUUGUGUUUUAGGUUAUUGUCCUGCUGGAAGGUGAAUUUGUCUCCCAGUGUCUGUUGGAAAGCAGACUGAACCAGGUUUUCCUCUAGGAUUUUGCCUGUGCUUAGCUCUAUUCUGUUUCUUCUAUCCUAAAAAACUCCCUAGUCCUUGCAGAUGACAAGCAUACUGAUAACAUGAUGCAGCCACCACCAUGUUUGAAAAUAUGAAGAGUUGUACUCAGUGAUGUGUUGUGUUGGAUUUGCCCCAAACAUAACAAUUUGUAUUCAGGAGAUAAAGUUCAUUUCUUUGCCACAUUUUUAGCAGUUUUACUUUAGUGCCUUAUUGCAGGAUGCACGUUUUGGAAUAUUUGUAUUCUGUACAGGCUUCCUUCUUUUCACUCUAAUUUAGGUUAGUAUUGUGGAGUAAUUGUUGAUCCAUCCUCAGUUUUCUCCUAUCACAGCCAUUAAACUCUGUCACCAUUGGCCUCAUGGUGAAAUCCCUGAGCGGUUUCCUUCCUGUCUGGCAACUGAGUUAGAAAGGAUGCCUGUAUCUUUGUAGUGACUGGGUGCAUUAAUGCACCAUCCAAAGUGUAAUUAAUAACUUAAUCAUGCUCAAAGGGAUAUUCAAUGUCUGUCCCUUUUGCGAGGCAUUGGAAAACCUCCCUGGUCUUUAUGGUUGAAUCUGUGUUUGAAAUUCACUGCUUGACUGAGGCACCUUACAGAUAAUUGUAUGUGUAAUGUAGGGUACAGAGAUUAGUUGGUAAUUUCAUUCAAAUUAAUGUUAAACACUAUUAUUAUACACAGAGUGAGUCCAUGCAACUUAUUGUGUGACUUGUUAAGCACAUUUGUACUCCUGAACUUAUUUAGGCUUGCCAUAACAAGAGGGUUGAUUAAUUAUUGACUCAAGACAAUUCAGCUUUUCAUUUUUAAUACAUUUGUAAAAAUGUCUAAAAACAUAAUUCCACUUUGACAUUAUGGGGUAUUGUGUGUAGGCCAGUGACACAAAAUCUCAAUUGAAUCAAUUUUAAAUUCAGGCUGUAACACAACAAUAUGUGGAAAAAGUCAAAGGGUGGGAAUAAUUUCUGAAGGCCUAAUAAAAGCAUAUUUUACCCUCCAGACAUGUCAGAGUCCAUUGUUCCCCCUGAAGUGAGACCCAAACCUGCUGUCCCUGCCAAGCCCCCUCAUGUGUCAGCACCAUCCCCCACAGCACCCCAUGGACCAUCAGGGCUAGGAGGCGGGGUCGGGGUUGAUCGAGUUCCAGGGUCGGGUCACUCGGGCGGUGGAUCCACGUUGCUGGGAUACAUUGGGAUUGACACCAUCAUCGAGCAGAUGAGGAAGAAGACCAUGAAGGCUGGUUUCGACUUCAAUAUUAUGAUAGUGGGUAAGUAAGGAAGGACAACAUCUUCUGUCUGUGUCUGUUAUGAUUGAUGUAUUUAGUGUCUUUCUGAAGAGUACGUGAACCCAUGGUGUGCUAGCAAACACAGAGACAUGAAACAUGAAAUGAAGUCGUGCCUCUCCCUUGUUCUGUCUCUCUUCCUCAACAACAUCAUGCCUCAAAACAUUCUCUCUCUCUCUCUCUCUCUCUCUCUCUCUCUCUCUCUCUCUCUCUCUCUCUCUCUCUCUCUCUCUCUCUCUAUCUGUUCUCUCUCUCUCUCUCUCUCUCUCUCUCUCUCUCUCUCUCUCUCUCUCUCUCUCUCUCUCUCUCUCUCUCUCUCUCUCUCUCUCUCUCUCUCAGGUCACAGCGGGCUGGGGAAGUCAACACUGGUGAACACGCUGUUCAAGUCCCAGGUCAGCAGGUGGAGCUCAGGAUGGGGCGGCGAGCAUAAGAUCCCCAAGACAGUGGAGAUCAAGGCUGUGUCCCACGGUGAGAGAGACAUUUCCUCUAAGCUCUAUGUGUAUGUGUGAGCAAGAGAGAGAGAGGGAUAGAGUGUGUGUGUGUAUGUGUAUGUGUGUGUGAGCAAGAGAGAGAGGGAUAGAGUGUGUGUGUGUUUUGUGUGUGUGAGCAAGAGAGAUAGGGAUAGAGUGUGUGUGUGCGUGCGUGAGAGUGUGUGUCUGUGAAUAGGUGUUUAUCUUCUACUGUUGAGGUUUGAUUAGAGCUGUCAUUUGCUUGGUCCGGUUGUUUGGUUAGCUUUCAGAGGCCAAUUCAUGUUAUAAUGGUGGCAUUUAUAACCAUACACUAACAUAUAGUGUCCUAGCCUAAGUUGUGUUGACUGCAGGGGCUGCAGUUUUGCACUGCCAUUCGUAGCGCCACGGGCAUAGAAAGACCUGACAGAAUAUGCCCUGAGGUGUCUUAGACUGGCACAGCUGGCACGUGAAGCCCACCUGGCAUCCCAGACAGACACAGAGGCAGAGAAGAGCUUCUGUCUUUUUCUGUCUGGCUAAAAACACUGUACUGCUAGCUUUAUUUCUGCAUCGGUGCACAUUUGUCAUUCUCACUGACAAUCAAAGCAAAAUCCCCUUCUAUGAGUCAGGGAAAAACUUACAUAUCCUUUAUUGACUGCUUUCUUGCAUGUUUUACUUUUUGUCACCUGAUUUUGGCAAACGUACUUACAGUAUGAAUGUUGCAAUUGAAUGUUGCAAUUGAAUGAUGUAAUUGAAUGUUGCAGUGAUCGAGGAGGGUGGAGUGAAGAUGAAGUUGACAGUAAUCGACACACCAGGUUUUGGUGAUCAGAUCAACAAUGAAAACUGGUGAGUAUGUAGGAAAAAUUGUCAGAGCCUGUGUCAUUAUUGGGCGCUUACAGUCUAUUUUUAGUUUGGGGUUAGUUGCAAUUAGUUAAGCACAAACCAUGUAUAUGAUUCAGAUAGAAAUAGAACUGCCACACUAGAACAUAUUUUUACAUACAGUACAUUCUCCUUAUCGACAUUUACAUUUUAGUCAUUUAGCUGACGCUCUUAUCCAGAGCGACUUACAGUAGUGAGUGCACACAUUAUUUAAUUUCUUCCCCUACUAGUCCCCCGUGGGAAUCGAACCCACAACCCUGGCGUUGCAACCGCCAUGCUCUACCAACUGAGCUACACGAGACUAAACAGCACCAAAACAAUUACUUUUUACGUUAAUUUGACAAAAGCUGUAUCCCUUCUAGCCACUAACAGCUGUGUUGCUUUCUGGCCGCUGCUGCUACCAGGACUCAGGGGUAAAGGGAACAUAGUAAAUGUAAAUCUGGGACACUCCAAUUAAUAUGAUAUGUUACAUUUUGUAUGGGAUGUAUGAAUUUGUGGACGUCGAUCAUCCAUUUAGUAUGAUAUGUUACGAAUAACAAUUAGUAUGAUAUGUUACGAAUUGCAAUUCGUACAUUGUUGGAAAUUUGCUAAACGUAUAUGUUACAAAUUCCAAUUUGCUUUCGCUAACGUUAGCUAGGUGGCUAGGUUAGGGCAGAGAAAGAGGCCAAGCGAGAGGAAUAACUCGGGCCAAAAUCUGUCUUCUUUUUGUUUUUUUCACUCACCAAGCGAGGAGUUGUAUGUAUGGAGGUCAAAGAGUGUCGAAUUUGGUCAACAAAAAAUGUAAUGGUUUAUUUGCUCGAACAUAAGUUAUGUAAUGCUUAGGUUGUUAUGCGUCUAUUGAUAUAUGUAGGACACGUGACAUCCCUGUCUUGGGUCAGUUAGGAUCACCACUUUAUUUUAAGAAUGUGAAAUGUCAGAAUAAUAGUAGAGAGCAUGAUUUAUUUCAGCUUUUAUUUCUUUCAUCACAUUCCCAGUGGGUCAGAAGUUUACAUACCCUCAAUUAGUAUUUGGUAGCAUUGCCUUUAAAUUGUUUAACCUGGGUCAAAUGUUUUGGGUAGCCUUCCACAAGCUUCCCACACUAAGUUGGGUGAAUUUUGGCCCAUUCCUCCUGGCAGAGCUGGUGUAACUGAGUCAGGUUUGUAGGCCUCCUUGCUCACACACGCUUUUUCAGUUCUGCCCACAAAUGUUCUAUAGGAUUGAGGUCAGGGCUUUGUGAUGGCCACUCCAAUGCCUUGACUUUGUUGUCCUAAAGCCAUUUUGCCACAACUUUGGAAGUAUGCUUGGGGUCAUUGUCCAUUUGGAAGACCCAUUUGCGACCAAGCUUUAACUUCCUGACUGAUGUCUUGAGAUGUUGCUUCAAUAUAUCCACAUCAUUUUCCUUCCUCAUGAUGCCAUCUAUUUUGUGAAAUGCACCAGUCCCUCCUGCAGCAAAGCACCCCCACAGCAUGAUGCUGCCACCACCGUGCUUCACGGUUGGGAUGGUGUUCUUUGGCUUGCAAGUGUCCCCCUUUUUCCUCCAAACAUAACGAUGGUCAUUAUGGCCAAACAGUUCUAUUUUUGUUUCAUCAGACCAAAGGACAUUUCUCCAAAAAGUACGAUCUUUGUCCCCAUGUGCAGUUGCAAACCGUAGUCUGGCUUUUUUAUGGCGGUUUUGGAGCAGUGGCUUCUUCCUUGCUGAGCGGCCUUUCAGAUUAUGUCGAAAUAGGACUUGUUUUACUGUGGAUAUAGAUACUUUUGUACCUGUUUCCUCCAGCAUAUUCACAAGGUCCUUUGCUGUUGUUCUGGGAUUGAUUUGCACUUUUCGCACCUUAUCCUGACCGUACCCAACUACCCACCACUGCUAUAACGGUAUAAUCUUAUACCAUCCCUGCUCAACUCAAUGUAUUGUGUGUAUGUAUACUGUAUAUUCCUAACACCCACCUUGUUCCAUCCAUCUGCAGCUGGGAUCCUAUCUCCAAGUACAUCAACGAGCAGUAUGAGAAGUUCCUCAAGGAAGAGGUCAAUAUUGCUCGAAAGAAGCGCAUCCCCGACACCAGAGUUCACUGCUGCCUCUACUUUAUCUCCCCAACUGGACACUCGUGAGUUAAAAAUACAUCAUGUGAUUCGGAAAGAGAAAUGUCCUAAUUUAGAACAUAAUGUAUGCAUGAGUUAUAUCCACUACUUAGUAUCUCUCCUUGACAUCUGAUUGGAGUUCACGUCCUUACGCAUGCAUUGGGGGUUUACACACACACACACACACACACACACACACACACAGACAAACACACACACACAGACUCUCAGUUCUCUAUCUCAGUUCUAAUGAGUUUACAUCCAACUGCACUGACAUUUAAAUUCAGAUCUAAACACAUCCUUGAGCUACAUCACAACACAACCAGGCAACAUGGUUCUCUGCAAUAGAUGAAGCCAACUCAUCUGAACUGUUAAAUUGCUCUUUACGUACACUGUUACAGUCUUCUGUGUGCCAUGUUAUUUUUCUUGCGUUGAUCAUUGUGACUAACGGGAUGUUUUCUGUUAAUUGGAUGUUUUCUGUGCUGUUACCUACCCCCAAGGACCUCAAACAGGGACAAAACUGUUGUUCAAUGAGCCUGAAGACUGUGUUUACUAGGGCCUUGGGUUGAAAUUGGGAAGCUUUUGAAAAAAUGUGUUCACUGCAUGUAAUCCUGGUUGUAGAAUCACGAAUGCAUGCCAGCCCUGCUGUAGGAUUGCUAAUUGUUCCUAUCCCAGCUGACAAAGUAAUGUCUCUCUCUCUCUCUCUCUCUCUCAGUCUUCGAAAGCUGGACAUUGAGUUUAUGAAGCACUUAAGUCGCGUGGUGAACAUCAUCCCCGUCAUCGCCAAGUCUGACACCAUGACCCUUGACGAGAAGAAUGAGUUCAAACACAGGGUGAGGAAAGAGAGACCUUGACCCUUGACCUUGAUUAACCCUAAUACAUGGCUGUUGACUUAUAUGGCGUCAAAGGAGACAACAGCCAUGUAUCAGGGAGAGACCUCUAUGAAUGAUACUGUUUAUGUGUAACUAUAGUCUAGACCAGGGGUCUUCAACCAGGGACCCCCGCCCAGGCAAACCAGUAACCCAGGGACCCCAAUCAUAUGUUAGCAAAAAAAGUUUUAUCAUCAGGUGAAUGAUAAUGGGAAGAAGUAAUCAACAUUUUAAAAUGAAUAGAUUUGGUAGAUAGUUUUUAAUUAUUUUGACAUCCCCACAUUAUAAUUAGAAGAGUUUAAAACAUGGGUCUCCAACAGUUCGAUCGUGAGCUACCAUUAGCUCGCAGCCCACCUAUGAGUAGCUCGCCAAACAAUUGUGAAAGUAUAUGCAAUUUUCACAUGUUCCACCACAAACUGUCAUAAACAAAUCUCACAAGUAUCAGACACCGCAAGCUCCCAGCUACUAUCUAACCAACAUGGACAUUAUCCCACCCCUGGUUAGCCACUAUUGGCUUAAAAAGCCAAACCUAACACAAUAUCUGCCAAUUAAUUUCCAGCAAUAUUGCCCCUGUCUGUCUGUGUGGUGCGCGCGUUCGUUUGUCACUCUGUGUUGCCGUUGCCAGUUGAUGUGAUAACUGUCUUGUGGGUUGACAGAAACACCUUUCCCAAAACCUUCUCAAUUAAAUCUUAACUGCAAAGUAGGCUUACCUGGCAGAAGUAUAUCAUGAGUAAGUAUAUCAUUUGUAUCUAUUAUUUGUUAUUUGCAAAUUUUGCCAUGUAAUGAGCAGCAACAGUACAGAACCAUUGCUAGACCGGCACAUUGGAAGGCACAGUCCUCGAUGGCCAGAUGCGCAAUUAAAGGUCCAGAUGCGCAAUUAAAGGGCCAGAUGCGCAAUUAAAGGGCCAGAUGCCCAAUUAAAGGGCCAGAUGAGCAAUUAAAGGGGAAUUACAUUCAAAAACCUGUUAGUUUUCUUCCAGACCUAAAAAAUACUGUCUUCUGAUGGAAUUUAAGCAUUGACAUGGACUCAGAACAUCCAAUUUCGUUGUUUGUCUAUGAACAAUUGUAAUAUAAAACUGAGAACAUAUAAUUUGGGAAAAUAUAAAACAAAAUGUGUGGGAAAAAAGUUAAUAUUUCAUAGGGCCCCCCUUAAUUGUUUAUUAACCAUUAUUUUACCAGGUAUAUUGACAGAAAACAUAGUGCACUACUUUCUCAUUUACACUAAGGACCAAGGUAAGAGUUGCAGGGGAGAAGAGAACAAUGUGCCUAUUUGAAAGCUACAAAAAAAUGAGUAGCUCGCGACGUUUCAUUUUUUUCAAGUAGCUCUCAUGCUAGAAAAGGUUGUAGACCCCUGGUGUAAAAUCUAACAUAGCCUAUUAGCUAAAAAUGUAACUCCAAACACAUUUUUGCUAGUAGUAGCUGUUUAGCUAGUUAAACAAAGGUUAGCCAUGUGUUGGCAAAAAUGGAUGUCCAUGUCAAGAAAGCUUACCAACAGCCAUCGGCACUUGGUGCGACUGAUACUUGUGGGUGCUUUUUCAAAGCCUAUGUCAGAUACUCCAGUGAGUGUAAUUAGCUCCAAUGAGUGUAAUUUGCUCAAUAUUAGGAGUUGAGAAAUAAUGUUGACAAAGAAGAUAUUUACCUAUUUUCUACUGUAGGUUUGUAAUACAAAAUUGUCGCUAACGAUAUUCAAAAAAACGUUGGAAUAAAACAUAUUUUCCCCCUUUUUUAUAUACUGUAUAUAUACAUACUACCAGUCAAAAGUUUGGACACACCUACUCAUUCAAGGGUUUUUCUUUAUUUUUUACUAUUUUCUACAUUGUAGAAUAAUAGUGAAGACAUCAAAACUGUGAAAUAACAUAUGGAAUCAUGUAGUAACCAAACAAGUGUUAAACAAAUCUAAAUAUAUGUUAUAUUUGAGAUUCUUCAAAUAGCCACCCCUUGCCUUGAUGACAACUUUGCACACUCUUGGCAUUCUCUCAACCAGCUUCAUGAGGUAGUCACCUGGAAUGGAUUUCAAUUAACAGGUGUGCCUUCUUAAAAGUUAAUUUGUGGAAUCUAUUUCCUCCUCUGCUGUUACCAGCCUCAGAAAUUGCAGCCCAAAUAAAUGCUUCACAGAGUUCAAGUAACAGACACAUCUCAACAUCAACUGUUCAGAGGGGACUGUGUGAAUCAGGCCUUCAUGGUCGAAUUGCUGCAAAGAAACCACUACUAAAGGACACCAAUAAGAAGAAGAGACCUGCUUGGGCCAAGAAACACAAGCAAUGUACAUUAGACAGGUGGAAAUUUGUCCUUUGGUCUGGAGUCCAAAUUGGAGAUUUUUGGUUCCAACCGCCGUGUCUUUGUGAGACGUGGUGUGGGUGAACGGAUGAUCUCCACAUGUGUAGUUCCCACCGUAAAGCAUGGAGGAGGAGGUGUGAUGGUGUGGAGGUGCUUUGUUUAUUUCAUAGUUUUGAUGUCUUCACUAUUAUUCCACAAUGUAAAAAAUAGUAAAAAUAAAGACAAAAAACUGGUACUGUAUAUAUAUAUAUAUAUAUAUAUACACACACUACCGUUCAAAAGUUUGAGGUCACUUAGAAAUGUCCUUGUUUUCGAAAGAAAAGCAGCUUCAUUAAAUAGUACCCGCAAAACACCAGUCUCAACGUCAACAGUGAAGAGGCGACUCCGGGAUGCUGACCUUCUAGGCAGAGUUGCAAAGAAAAAGCCAUAUCUCAGACUGCCCAUCUUAAUCUUUUCUUUUUAUUGGCCAGUCUGAGAUAUGGCUUUUUCUUUGCAACUCUGCCUAGAAGGUCAGCAUCCCGGAGUCGCCUCUUCACUGUUGACGUUGAGACUGGUGUUUUGCGGGUACUAUUUAAUGAAGCUGCCAGUUGAGGUCCUGUGAGGCGUCUGUUUCUCAAACUAGACACUCUAAUGUAUUUGUCCUCUUGCUCAGUUGUGCACCGAGGCCUCCCACUCCUCUUUCUAUUCUGGUUAGAGCCAGUUUGCGCUGUUCUGUGAAGGGAGUAGUACACAGCGUGGUUUCUUGCCAAUUUCUCGCAUGGAAUAGCCUUCAUUUCUCAGAACAAGAAUAGACUGACGAGUUUCAGAAGAAAGUUAUUUGUUUCUGGCCAUUUUGAGCCUGUAAUCGAACCCACAAUUGCUGAUGGUCCAGAUACUCAACUAGUCUCAAGAAGGCCAGUUUUAUUGCUUCUUUAAUCAGUACAACCGUUUUCAGCUGUGCUAACAUAAUUGCAAAAGGGUUUUCUAAUGAUCAAUUAGCCUUUUAAAAUGAUAAACUUGGAUUAGCAAACACAACAUGCCAUUGGAACACAGGACUGAUGGUUGCUGAUUAUGGGCCUCUGUACGCAUAUGUAGAUAUUCCAUAAAAAAAUCACCAGUUUCCAGCUACAAUAGCCAUUUACAACAUUAACAAUAUCUACACUGUAUUUCUGAUCAAUUAGAUGUUAUUUUAAUGGACAACAAAAUUGCUUUUCUUUCAGGAACAAGGACAUUUCUAAGUGACCCCAAACUUUUGAAUGGUAAUGUAUAUACAGUGCCAGUCAAAAGUUUGGACACACCUACUCAUUCAAGGGUUUUUCUUUAUUUUUACUAUUUUCUACAUUGUAGAAUAAUAGUGAAGACAUCAAAACUAUGAAAUAAAACAGAUGGAAUCAUGUAGUAACCAGAAAAGUGUUAAACAAAUCAAAAUAUAUUUUAUAUUUGAGAUUCUUCAAAUAGCCACCCUUUGCCUUUAGGACAGCUUUGCACACUCUUGGCAUUCUCUCAACCAGCUUCACCUGGAAUGGUUUUCCAACAGUCUUGAAGGAGUUCCCACAUAUGGUGAGCACUUGAUUGCUGCUUUUCCUUCACUCUGCCGUCCGACUCAUCCCAAACCAUCUCAAUUUGGUUGAGGUCGGGGGAUUGUGGAGGCCAGGUCAUCUGAUGCAGCACUCCAUCACUCUCCUUCUUGGUAAAAUAGCCCUUACACAGCCUGGAGGUGUGUUGGGUCACUGUCCUGUUGAAAAACAAAUGAUAGUCCCACUAAGCCCAAAACCAGAUGGGAUGGCGUAUCGCUGCAGAAUGCUGUGGUAGCCAUGCUGGUUAAGUGUGCCUUGAUUUCUAAAUAAAUCACCAAUAAAUCACAAAAAAUCUCAAAUUUGGACUCCAGACCAAAGGACACAUUUCCAUCAGUCUAAUGUCCAUUGCUCGUGUUUCUUGGCCCAAGCAGGUCUUCUUAUUGGUGUCCUUUAGUAGUGGUUUCUUUGCAGCAAUUCGACCAUGAAGGCCUGAUUCACACAGUCCCCUCUGAACAGUUGAUGUUGAGAUGUGUCUGUGACCUGAACUCUCUGAAGCAUUUAUUUGGGCUGCAAUUUCUGAGGCUGGUAACUCUAAUGAACUUAUCCUCUGCAGCAGAGGUACCUCUGGGUCUUCCAUUCCUGUGGCGGUCCUCAUGAGAGUCAGUUUCAUCAUAGCACUUGAUGGUUUUUGCGACUGCACUUGAAGAAACUUUCACAUUUCUUGAAAUGUUCCGUAUUGACUGAUCUUCAUGUCUUAAAGUAAUGAUGGACUGUUAUUUGAAAUGCAUUCCAGGUGACUACCUCAUGAAGCUGGUUGAGAGAAUGCCAAGCGUGUGCAAAGCUGUCAUCAAGGCAAAGGGUGGAUACUUUGAAGAAUCUCAAAUAUGAAAUAUAUUUUGAUUUGUUUAACACUUUUCUGGUUACUACAUGAUUCCAUAUGUGUUAUUUCAUAGUUUUCAUGUCUUCACUAUUAUUGUACAAUGUAAAAAAAUGUAAAAAUAAAGAAAAACCCUUGAAUGAGUAGGUGUCCAAACUUUUGACUGGUACUGUAUAUAUAAAUGUUUUAUAAGUUGGAGAACACAUUGGGAGGGAUCUUAGACCAUUCCUCCAUGUAGAAUCCUCCCAAAUCCUUGAGAUCUUUUGUAUGCGCUUAUGGACUGCCCUCUUCAAUUCAAACCACAGGUUUUGAAAGGGUUUCAAGUCCGGAGACUGAGGUGGGCAUUGCGAAAUGUUGAUUUUGUGGCCGAUUAACAAUUUCUUUGUGGAUUUUGAUGUUUUUGGCUAAAAUGUCCUGGUACUGGGUAAAGUUAAUGAUGCUGUUGACCUUAACAAGGGCCCCAGGACCAGUGGAAGCAAAAUAGCCCCAUAACAUCAAAGAUCCACCAUCAUAUUUUACAGUAGGUAUGGGGUUCUUUUCUGCUAUGCAUUCUCAUUUCGACGCCAAACCCACCACUGUUGUGCGUGGCCAAAGAGCUCUAUUUUCAUGUCAUCUGACCAAAGCACCGGUUCCAAUUCAAGUACCAAUGCCGGUGAGUAAACUCCAGGCGUUUAGAUUUGUUGGAUGACAUGAAAAUAGAGCUCUUUGUAGCUCUUUUGUAUUUAUCCCUGGUCUAGAUAGAAGUCAUGGUAGAAAUUAUUAUGGAAAACCAAGUCAUGAGAGAAGACAUUAUUCUAGUGCACAUUAUGUUAUGUAACCUCUGCCUCCUCUUCGUCCCUUAGGUGAGGAAGGAGCUGGAGACGUAUGGGAUUGAGUACUACCCGCAGAAUGAGUUUGAUGAUGAUAUGGAGGAUAAGAAUGAAAAUGAUAAGAUUAGGGUAAGGGCCUCCGUUCCAGUUUUUGAAAUCCACGACCUUACAUCACACUGUAAAGGACAGUCACUUCAGUUGAUUAUGUCUCCCUAAUACUCUUCCUCUCAAGUGGAAUAAAGUGAACAUGAGAUAAAUAUGUACCGCACCCUCUUUUCCUCCCAUGCCUCAAUGUUAUGACCAUGCAAUAUAGCUAUCGCCCAAAAUUAUUCGGCAAUUCAAAUAUUUAAAUUAAUUUCAAAUGAAUAUCAGAUUAUUUAUCUCAUUCUAUCUUUCUGGUUCUUUGUCAAUUUAGCUAUCUUUCUGACACCCCUCCUUUGAAGAAUAAUAACUGCUGACGGUCUAUUGCACGGGCCUGAUAAAUCUCCUAUGUUUUCCUCGUCCGAUUGAACCCUGUUUAAACGAGUCUGUUCACAGGAGGCCAUGCCCUUUGCGGUGGUGGGCAGCGACAAGGAGUACCAAGUGAACGGCAAACGGGUUCUGGGGAGGAAGACAGCCUGGGGUGUGGUAGAAGGUAGGUUUAUUUAUAACAUCAAUAUAAUUCAUUAGGUCCUAUAUUAAUGCUAAGUGUAUUAUGUUGACCUUUCUCCUCAGUGAGUCAGAGGGAAUGGAUUUAUGGAGGUUAUACUGUAAUUGGGCCCAGGCUCGGAUAUGUGAAGCAAAUGUGAUUUAGAUUUUUUAUGACAAAUGGGUUCUUUCUUGUAUUUUGUUGCAGUUGAAAACCCCAAUCACUGCGAAUUUGCACUGCUACGAGAUUUCCUCAUCAGGUAAAGCAAUCAAUCGUACAUUGAUCUAUAUUUUACUAAUGCUUUAUACCAGCAACAUACUUAACUAUUCUUACAAUACACUUACAGAUGAGUUUCUAAUGGCAUUGAAGUUGACCUUAGUGACCAAAUCCACCUGUAUGUAGCUACCAGCUAAUGCCUGCCCUCUCUCCACUCUCCCUCCCAGGUCUCACCUCCAGGACCUGAAGGAAGUCACCCACAACAUCCACUAUGAAACCUACCGCGCCAGGAGACUCAACGACAACGGAGGUCUGCAUCCCAUCUCCUCCAACAACACUCAAGAGAGCAACCUUUAAAUUUAGGACUCGGGAUUAAGGAAAGAGAGAGAUAAACAGAGAGAUAAAAAGAUAUUGAUAGACAAAUCUAUGUUGUGAUAUGAGCAUCACUGCAUGCUUUGGAGAACAUUAUAGAUGUGGAAUUCAUUGUCACUCAAAAUAUCAUGUUAGGAGAGCGUUCAUUCCAAAACACGUCCUACGUCUCCCUUUCCUCCGCCCAUCAUCCUAAACCACCCACACUCACAUCCGAGUGACACCUUUGAUCCAGCAAUCCAAAACAAGGGCAACCCAAGUGUUUCCCCUAUAUGCAUUUAGCAGCGGCGCAAU